CGUUUCUCAUCAUGAAAUUCUACCAAAUAUUUCUUUGAACUCAGAGUUUUUCUUUGGAUUGCUGUCGUCCACCGGCAAGGUUGACAUGCCGCCCCUCCCACCCCCGUACUCACUGUCACCAUCCUUGCCCUCGUCACAUGUGCGCAAUCACUUGGUAAUGGGGCUCGGGGCGGCUGGCAGGUGGUCCUUUGCAGAACUUAUAAAAGGUGGCGGCGGUCCCACGGAGUCUCCCAAGAUGCAAUGACGGUGACGACGACGAUGACGGAGCGCACUUUUCGGCAGAGGCUCUUCUUCUUGCUCUUGAGCUUAUGCAUCCUAAAGGGAGACUGCAGAUUCAUCGAGGAUAACGAUGUCCUCAAGGAUGAAUUCUAUUCUUUCUUCAACUCGGACCUGCCCAGGGAGACGGCGCCGGAGCUGAUUACGUACCGACGACCACUGCGUUGUAUGGACAUGGUUGCGGUUGAGGGUCGCUUCACCUUCGUGGCUGAGUAUCCCCAACUCAGCUGCGCCGCCUUCUUCAUGGCUGAGCCCAACGAGGUUAUCAGCAUUGAGUACGACAGCGUCAACAUCGACUGCCAGGCGGGAGACUUCAUCACGGUGUUUGACGGCUGGGUGUUGAAAGGCGAGAAGUUUCCCAGCUCGCAGGACCAUCUGCUGUCCCCGCGCGAGCGAUACGUGGACUACUGUGAUUCCUCCACUUCCACCAGGAGAAGCGUGCGCUCCUCGCAGAACGUGGCCAUGAUCUUCUUCCGCGUGCACAACGCCGGCAGCGGCUUCGCCGUCACGUUCAGGAAGCUCGCUAUCCAAUUUCCCUGCAAUGUCAUCUCACAGUCACCAGAAGGCACUUUCACCAUGGUCAGCCCGCAGCAGCACAGGAACUGCAGCUUCUCCAUCGUCUACCCGGUAGAGGUCGACAUCUCGGAAUUUUCAUCCUUCCGACUCCUCGGCAGCUUACCAAAGUGGCCCACGUCGACUUGCGACUCGGAGGACAUGCUCCAGCUCUUGGGGGGAAAUGGUCUCGACACAUCCAAGAUGUUCCCCCUCAAGGAGCUCUGCAGCUCCUCUGCCAGGCCCAGCCACGUGAAGGUGGGCUGCGAAAACACGGUGGUGCGCAUGGUGUCCAGCGGCCGCAAUGUCAACAGGGUGUCCUUCAGCUACCGCCUGCUGGACAGCCAAGAGCUGCAGAGGCUGCGAGUCAACAAUGUGGAGGAUUUCUGCUUGGCCAACUGAUCUCUCUCAUUUCUAUGUCCAAAAGAAGCAAACAUGAAUGGGAAUAUCAAUGAAGACAAACUGUGUGUUUUAUAUAUAUUGUUCUUUCCCCCUUCUUUCACCCAACAUCCGUGCUGUUUGUCUUGACAUUCUAGUGAUGAACGGUGCUAAUGUGAAUUUAUUGUCAGAGUAAGCGCCGUUAAUAAAUACAACUCAUUGGCAUUUGUAUACAAAUACUUUUUUGGAAUAAAAUUACACUGCAUGGCAAAGCAAUUAUUCAUCUUGUUUCUUGUUGAGAGAACACAUCGAUGUUUCCACUUUACAUAUUCAAUGAAGCUAUGGCAACCGUAGUCUUGACGAUCAGCCACAACGAAAGCUGCACUCCAAAUGAGGCUCCAUAAAUAACAACUUUUGACAAUAAUUUAUUAUAAUUUGUCGUUGUUGUUUUGAGCUGUUGUGAAAGCGAAAUAUAAUAAAGAUGAAUCAAAUGA